GGAUUACUUAGCGCUCCUGGAAACUGGCGAAUACUAUGAUUUAGUGAUUCAUGUAGGCCAGGAAUAUGAUGUUAAAGAAUUUAAAGCACAUUCGUUAGUAUUACGAACAAGAUCUACUUACUUUAGAGCAGCAUUGUCGAGUACUUGGGCUCGUUUGGAAGGAGGUCUGUUGGCUUUCAAUAAACCAAAUACAUCUCCUAGGGUAUUCGAAAUAAUAUUAAAGUAUAUAUACGGAGCCUCUGUAGUCCUACCUGAAAAAGAUGUGGAAUUCAAUAUUGAAGUUCUAACGACCGCAGAGGAACUUUGCCUGUCGGAUCUAUUUGAUCAUAUAGAGGAUCAUCUUCUCAAAAAUCCAGAAGGUUUACUUAAUCACUUUGCAUUAGUGUAUCAUUUUGCAACAAAGCACGGACAAUUUAAAAGGUUAUUGGAAUUCUGUGUCAAUAUCAUGGAACAGGAUCCAUCAAUAAUAUUAGAAGCCCAAGAUUUCGUUGAUAUAAGUCAAGUUACUUUGAUCUCAAUACUCAAAAAGAAAUUCUUAAUCAUCAGAGAAAUUGAGUUGUGGGAUAAAUUGGUGGAAUGGGUGAUUGCACAGGCAUCUUCUCUUGCGCCUGAUCAGGAUUUUUGGACCCCGGAGGAUUUCAAUACGUUCGGUAAAAUCGUUCAAUCAUUUCUGCCCCACGUUAAUUUCUCGUUGAUUAGUCCUGAGGAUUUUGAUAGAAAGGUUAGGCCAUUUAAACGUUCGUUUGGUGACGAUACUUAUGCCCGGAUAUUGGAACAUCAUCUGUCGCAACUUAAUGUUGCCACCGCUACACUAUUUCAAACAUGGAGUCAGGGUAUUGACUCUAAGCUAAUCACGACAAAGCAAUCAGCAAUGAUUUGCGGCAAAGUGAUGGAACCGAACAAGGCAAUACUGCAGUGUAUAGAUUAUGGUCCAUGUUUUGGAUCAGACUUGGCACUAGUAGGCAGCCAUGAUGGGCAUUGGGAAGCAAGAUGUUUGAAAGGGAACUAUGAGAAUCGCAUAAGUCCAGGAAACUAUGUAUUCUUUGCUAAUGAGUACGAAGUGUUUCAGAUCGUUAGAAAGUCGAUUUAA